CAACAAUAGUAGCAUUUGUUUGGCAUGGCUCAAAUUCGGAAGUUGGAGCUUGAGGUAGCUGAAGUCAAGUGCUCUGCCACCAAGUUUUAUGGGUUCUAUAAGAACAACAUUACCCAACUAGUGAAAUGUUUUCCUGAAAUUUACAAGAGCGUUCAAGUUACUGAAGGAGAUGGAGCUAGUGUUGGCAGCGCCAGGCUCUGGAAAUAUGGACUCGAUGGACUACGCCACACACUCAAGGAGAGGACAGUGGCUGUUAACGACGAAAGCAAGUCAAUCACCUGGAACUUUUACGGAGGAGAACUGAUGAAUUAUUAUAAAAGUUUUGGAUUCAAAUUGGUCUCUGUUACCCCAAAGGGUGAGGGACGCUGCUCCGUGAAAUGGGCUGUGGAAUUUGAGAAGGCCAAUGAAGAUGUCCCUUCUCCAACUGCUUAUAUAAACUUGUUGGAUAAGAUUACCCAAGGGUUGCCUUCGCAACUACUCUGAUUCUGAUGCUAAACAUGAAAAUCUA